AUGAAGCGCAUAGUGGGGAGCCCAGGGACAUGGAGCGGCAUGGUGCUGCGUCUGUCGCAGUGCUUCUUCGCCGCCGCAUCUUCCCUUGCCAUGUGCUCCGCUUUCGGCUUCUCCAACUACAGCGCCUACUUCUACAUGAAUCUAGUGUUGAUCCUGCAGCUUUUGUGGAGUUUGUACUUGGCUUGUCAGGAUAUAUUUUCUCUGAGGAAUAACAGGGAUCUUCAUGCCCCGGAUUUUCUAUUGUUCUUUGUUAUCAUUGAUUGGGUCAUGGCAAUUCUCAUGUUCUCUGCAUUCUGUGCCUCUGCCAGCGUGACGAUUUUCUUCAUGAAGGAUAUGAACUUCUGCGCGGAAUACCGGCGUCUGGACUGCAAUCAGUUCACACUUUCAGUCACUCUGGCGUUCUUUACAUGGUUGUUGCAAGCUGCGUCUUCUUUCUCCGGGUUCUGGCUACUGGUUUCCUUCUUCUAG